CACUAGGAUUUCCCGGCUACACCAGCUAGACAAAAAAAGAAGAUGGACGAUAGUACACUUACCCGGGAUCUUAACGUAAAUCAAUUUACAAAUAUAGGUCUUUUGAUAGUUAUUGUUCUAUACUGUUGCUUAUACUGUUGAAUUACUUCACAUAGAUAUAGUGAGCGGAAAAGGUCACUUUUAAUUAGUGGGAUAUAUAUUCUAUUGCGUUGUUUUUUUCUUUGUAAAACUCCGAGUGUGUUUUUUUGGCCAACACAUUAGCCCCAGCCACAGAGGAUGCACUGGAGUGUUUUGCUCAGUUAGUUUCUUCUUGUUUGACGCUCUGGGAUAUGGAAGUUUUGCAGAAUGACGAGGGAGAAACACAUAAAUACAAGCCGGGGGGUCGCUUGGAUAUGAAUCACGGUUUCCUGCACCAUAUCCGGAGAAAUCAGAUUGCCAGGGAUGAUUAUGACCGGGAGGUUAAACAGGCUAAAGAGCAGCAGAAGCGCAGACACACGGCGGCCCCGCGGCGACCCCGCAGACCAGACCGGGAGGUUUACCAUCCCCGCCAUCGCAGCAGCUCAGAGGCUGGGGCUGGUGGGGAGGUGGAGGAGUGGAACGAGAGCGGCUCGAGCACAGAGCAGGAGAACACGGGCACUGAACUCUUCUGGCUCGACUACCAGGCUGACAGCGGACACGUAACAUCCUUCCUCGUCUAUAAGGAGGAUGAGCCAGAAAGUGUAGUAGAACGGGUGGAGCAGAAGAACGUUCUGGACACGGCUAUGAGGGCAGCGCUGCUGGCAAGAAUCAGCCGAGAAAUGGAUAAGCGGCGAGACAAACGCUGAGGUUUGAAAGGAAAGCAAUGAUGGAUGGCUUUAUACAACAAUAAAGACAGUUGUAAUGUGUGAGAUACACACACUCACACACACACACACACACACACCGCUGAGUCUGACAGAAUCUGAUAGGAACUACAGGAGCACCAAGAAAGCAACAGUACAGAUGUUCAUGCAGAUGUUCUUCGUCUCUGUACACAGAUUUGAAGAGAAACGGGGAAGUUUCACAGUGAAAAUGAGCACCACUUUCUACAAUAUAGAAAUAAUCUCAUAUCAUAUUUGAUUUGAUCCCGUUGUUAGGAUGGUACAGGGGAUGCGAUGUAAGCGCACUCAAAAAACAAGAAGCAGAAUGAAUGACGUUAAACAUCUUUAACAUCGAGAGUGAUCAGAUCUCAUCCAUGUACAUCCGGACUUUUAUAUUACGCAGUAACUGCACAUCUUUUCACAUUGUUUGAGGAUGUAUUGUAUAUAAUAUUAUGCAGUCUUGUAAUGUUUAGCUCAGGACUAGAUGCAAAAGGUUUCAGAAACUAAACGGUAAUCGUUUUUCAAUUGUAGUAGUUAUGCAGAGAAAACAACAAAACCCUGCCACAUGACACCUGACACUUUUUUUUUUUUUAUAACCAAAACUGCAGAAAAAUCACAUAAUGGUUCAGGUAGAGAUGUGUAGUUCCUCAGGUGCCACUGAAUGGGUGACAUUAAAGAGGUCGUUUCCUCAUAUUUCAUACACAGACGUCUUAUUAAUGUUUAUUUAUGAUGGUCACGUUUUGUUUGAGGAGAACUUCUGUCUUACUGUUAUCUUUUCACCAGGAAUGAUUUAUAAUAUUGAACUGUAUGACUUUUUUAUGACAGUGAGUUAUUCAUCAGGACUUCUUUUGGAUGUAGGAAGAGAUUUUUUUAUUUUUGUAACCGUGUUCUCUGUGCUAAAAUAUAUAAAGCAUGCUAAAGAAUCAA